GACCCGAGCAAGCCCCGCCAAGCCCUCCCAAGCCUCGCACCAUGAAGAUCGCCUUCUUCUCCACGCACAGCUACGACAUCGAGUCGAUGGAGCGCAUCGCCAAGGAGGACGGCGUCUCUCCCCAGCACGAGAUCACCUUCCUGGUGCCUCGACUCGACCACACCUCCGCCAAGCUCGCUGAGGGCUGCGAAGGUGUCUGCAUCUUCGUCAACGACGUCGCCGACGAGCAGUCGCUGCGCGCGCUGCACGCUGGCGGCACCCGCGCCGUGUUCCUGCGCUGCGCCGGCUUCGACAUGAUCGACCUCAAGGUGGCCAAGGAGCUUGGCAUGUCAGUGACGCGCGUGCCGGCCUACUCGCCGUACGCUGUGGCCGAGCAUGCUGCCGCCCUGAUGAUGACGCUGAACCGCAAGAUCCACCGCUCGUACAACCGCACGCGCGAGCAGAACUUCCGCCUUGCCGGGCUUCUGGGCUUCGAUGUGAACGGCAAGACCAUCGGCGUUGUGGGCACGGGCAAGAUUGGGGCCCUGUUCGCUCGCAUCGCUGGCGGCUUCGGUGCCAAGGUCCUUGCGUACGACGUGAUGCAGAGCCCGGAGGCUCUUAGCUACGGCGUCGAGUACGUCAGCCAGGACGAGAUCUGGGCUCGCUCCGACAUCAUCUCGCUGCACGCGCCUCUCUUCCCCACCACCAAGCACAUGAUCAACGCCGACAGCAUUGCCAGGAUGAAGGACGGUGUCACCAUCAUCAACACGAGCCGUGGCGGUCUAAUCGACACCAAGGCGCUGGUUGACGGGCUCAAGAGCGGCAAAAUCAGGGCCGUCGGUCUCGAUGUGUUUGAAGGUGAGGGCGAGUACUUCUACUCAGACUGCUCUGGUGGAAUCAUCGCGGAUGAGACCCUGGCUCGCCUGUUUACUUUCCCGAACGUGAUCAUUACCGGCCACCAGGCAUUCUUCACCAAGGAAGCCCUGGACAACAUCGGCCACACCACGAUGGCCAACAUCAAGGCGUACGUGGCCAAGGAGCCGCUAGUCAACGAGGUCAAGUAAAAUUCGCCUUGAGGUUGAAACUGACUAUUGGCCCCGCGCUCAUGGCUGGCUC